AGUAGACAAUAUUUUCGUAUUACAGAUUUUUGGUUUACUGAAUGAAUUUUGCAACUGUAGAAAGAGAGUAAAUUCACAAUUAUGGGUUCUGCUUCUACAAUUGCAAUGUAACGUGCUCUCUCAAAAGCAUAAAUCUUUACUUCCAAAACACAAAAUAAACACAAAUUAAAAGAAAAAAGUUUCGUUUUUAUUCCUUACAUUUCAUUAUUCUUAAUCGAAAGGAAGAAAGAAAUGGCGGCACCAGAGAAGCCAUGGAAAGCAGAGUAUGCUAAAUCAGCAAGGGCUGCUUGUAGAACUUGCAAAACCAACAUUGGCAAAGAAAUUCUUCGUCUUGGAAAAAUGGUUCAAUCUUCUCAUUUUGACGGUUUCAUGCCUAUGUGGCACCAUGCCACCUGCAUAAUGAAGAAAGCAAAUCAGAUUAAAUUAGUUGAUGAAGUUGAAGGCAUUGAAUCCCUUAGAUGGGAAGAUCAGCAGAAAAUAAGAAAGUAUGUAGAUAGUAAUGGACGGGCUACUGGUGCUGUUGCUGGUCCUCCUGCAGCAAACGGUAUUGAAGUGUCACCAACUUCUCGUGCUACGUGCAAAAGUUGCAGCCAAAAAAUAAUGAAGGGAGAGGUUCGAAUAUCCACCAAGAUCGACGGUCAAGGUGCUCGAAGUUUGACAUGGUAUCAUGCCAAAUGUUUCAUGGAGUCAUUUCCUUCCACAUUAUUGGACAAAUUAGCUGGAUGGGAAAGCCUUUCUUCUGUUGAUCAAGCUUCCAUUCAAUCUGCAGCUAAAGGAAAAGCUCCUUCGGCAGGUCUAAAGUCUAGUGGAAAACCUGUGCAAGAACCGAAAGCCAGAGAUGGUGCUAAGCGUAAAAGUGCUGGUGACAGUGAUCAGCAAACCAAAAUUGUAAAAACUGAUGCAGAUGUGGUGAUGCGUAAGUGUGGCACUCAAACUAAGUCUUUCGUCAGUGAUGCUGAUAAGGCUGCUCUGGAAACUAAAUUGGAGGCGGAGACCAGAGCUUUAUGGGAUUUGAAAGAUAAUCUGAAGAAAUUUGUUUCAACUUUGGAAUUGCGACAGAUGCUUGAAGCCAAUGACCAAAGUACUUCUGGUUCAGAGCUUGACUUGCGGGAUCGUUGUGCUGAUGGCAUGAUGUUUGGGGCGCUCAAAACUUGUCCUCUGUGCUCUGGUCAUCUUUCAUAUUCUGGAGGCACUUAUAAGUGCCAUGGCUAUAUCUCGGAAUGGAGUAAAUGUUCUUAUUCUACUACCGAGCCUGAAAGAAUUAAAGGGAAGUGGAAAAUCCCUGAAGAGUCAGAUAAUCAAUAUCUUCUCAAGUGGUUUAAGUCACAAAAAGCUGCUAAGCCUGUGAGGAUACUUCCUCCUUCAACUUCCAACGUGUCUGCCGGAGCCCAAACUGCUAAAGGACAACUUAAGUCUUCUAAAGAUGAAAAUCUGGGGGAACUUAGGGUCUCUAUUGCUGGAUUACCUAAAGAAACUGUGGAGGAGUUCCGAAGCAAGAUUGAAGCGGCAGGAGGUCAGGUUCAUGCCAAGAUCAAGAAAGAUACAAAUUGCUUGGUGGUGGGUGGUGGACUUAGUAAUCAAAAUUCUGAGCUGAAGAAGGCGAGGAGGAUGAAAAUCCCAAUUGUUAGAGAAGAGUAUCUGGUUAAUUGUAUCCAAAAACAGAAGAAACUUCCAAUUGACCAGUACAAGAUGGAGGCCACUGGAGAGACUUCUGGGACGGUAACUGUCAAAGUUAAAGGGCGAAGUGCUGUACAUGAAGCUUCUGGCCUGCAAGAUUCCGGUCACAUUCUGGAGGAAGGUUCCAGCAUCUAUAACACUACUCUAAGCAUUUCUGAUCUGUCAUCUGGUGUUAACAGUUACUAUAUUCUUCAAAUCAUACAAGAUGAUAAAGGCCAUGGGUGCUAUGUUUUCCGGAAGUGGGGCCGAGUUGGCAAUGAGAAAAUUGGGAGUAGCAAAAUAGAGGAAAUGUCGAAAUCUGAUGCUAUUAUAGAAUUCAAGCGGCUUUUUUUGGAAAAAACUGGAAAUCCUUGGGAAGCUUGGUUACAUAAAAAGAACUUCCAGAAGCAUUGCGGAAAGUUCUUUCCAUUGGAAAUUGAUUAUGGGGUCAGUAAGGAGGCCCCAAAGAAGGAUACAGAUGAUGAAAAUAGCAAACUAGCUCCUGCAUUAAAGGAGUUGAUUAAGAUGCUCUUCAAUGUGGAGACUUACAGAGCCGCGAUGUUGGAGUUUGAGAUCAACUUGUCUGAGAUGCCCCUUGGGAAACUGAGCAAGAACAAUAUCCAGCAAGGCUUUGAGGCUUUGACACAAAUACAAAAUUUGUUGGAAAAUACGGUUCUUCAACCUUCGGUUAAAGAAAGUUUGAUUGUUGAUGCCAGUAACCGGUUUUUCACUGUGAUACCCUCCAUUCAUCCCCAUGUCAUUAGAGAUGAGGAUGAUUUCAAAUCAAAGGUCAAAAUGCUGGAAGCACUGCAGAAUAUCGAAAUAGCUUCCAGAUUGGUGGGAUUUGAUGUGGAUAGCGAUGAUUCUCUCGAUACAAAGUAUGAGAAGCUACAUUGUGAUAUGGCACCUCUGCCACACGAUAGCGAAGAAUAUCAACUGAUCGAGAAGUAUCUUCUCACUACUCAUGCCCCUACACAUACGGAAUGGAGACUUGAAUUGGAAGAAGUUUUCUCGCUUGAGAGGGAUGGCGAAUUCGAUAAGUAUUCACCUCAGCGUGAGAAGCUUGGCAAUAGAAUGCUCCUUUGGCAUGGUUCCCGACUGACUAAUUUCGUUGGUAUCCUUAGCCAAGGACUCAGAAUUGCUCCUCCCGAGGCUCCUGCUACAGGAUACAUGUUUGGCAAAGGGGUUUACUUUGCUGACCUUGUCAGCAAGAGCGCUCAGUAUUGCUUUACGGACAGGAAAAAUCCUGUGGGAUUGAUGCUAUUGAGUGAAGUCGCUCUCGGCAAAGUCCACGAGCUCAAAAAGGCCCAGUACAUGGAGAAACCCCCAAGAGGGAAGCAUUCCACCAAAGGACUUGGCAAGAAGGUACCCGAUGAGGCCGGAUUUGCCAAAUGGAGAGAUGAAGUGGUUGUGCCAUGUGGGAAACCAGUAGAUUCGAAAGUAAAAACCUCAGAGCUUAUGUACAAUGAGUAUAUUGUCUAUGACACAGCUCAAGUCAAGAUGCAGUUCUUGUUGAAGGUAAGGUUUCACUACAAGAGGUAAAAAGUUGCCAAAUGAUUGAUCCUAUUGUAGCUUGUACUAUUGUUUUGUUCUUUUUGGCUCGUGCUGCAUGAUCUUGUAGGCUGAACUAGUUCGAUUUUCGACUAUUUGCUUCGUUUUUGUUGAGAUCUCAUUUUGGGGCGCUCAGUGGAGAUCGAUCUUGGUCCUUGUAAAUUUGUUUUGUCGAUGAACCCUCGGUGAUCAAAUGUAUGAAAUGCACAACUCAGAAGCUUGUUCUAGUUUGUAACUAUUUUGUAAGCUGGUUCUAUGACAUUUGCUAGUGUUUACAACCAGUUUUUGCAAGAAAAGUUCAUUUCUUUUCA